AUGUGGACAUCUCUUCAUCUCUGCAAAAAAAUUGUUUUUUUCAAAACGAAUAUUGUCGAGAAAACAGUUCACAGAGCGACCAGUUGGCCAGCAGCGCUUAAGAUCCGUGGAUUUCCAAGAUAUCGUGGAUAUUCUUCGUUGGUGACAGGUUGGUACCCGACUCUUCUUCACUAG